UUGCUUCGUCGGUAAAAAGAAUAAAAUUAAACUUGGAACAUCACGUAAAAGUGUAAAUAAGCCUCUGAAAUGGAUCAAUGGAUUGGUGAAGGUUUGUCUAAAAUAUUGGACUUCGAAAUACCUGGAGAAAUGAUACAGUUCAUUUUGUCAAUCCAGAAUGAAAAAGACUUGAAGGACCACAUGAGUACUCUGCUGGAUUUCGACAAUCCGCAGCAUAAAAACUUCUUUCUUGAAUUGUCUAAAAGGAAAUUUCCAAGUAAAGGAGGCAACUCGGCACCUAAACAGCAAAAGAAGAAGAUAUCUAAGAACAAGCAGCAACAAGAUUUUAUUAGUGCAGAAGUUCCGAAACAGCCUGAGCCGGCCCCAGUAGAGGAUGUCAAGUCUAAGAAGAAGACUAAGUUUGUCAACCUUUACUCGCAGGAGGGCAAGAAUGCUCAAGUUGUAUUGUUGAAAGGCCGUCACCACUGUGACUGCCAAGCAUCAAAGCAUGAGUUGAUCAACAACUGCCUGCAGUGUGGCCGAGUUGUCUGCAAGCAGGAGGGCUCCGGUCCGUGCCUGUUCUGUGGAAAUUUGGUUUGCACUCCUGGAGAACAGAGAGAGAUAAACGCCAAGACGAAAGCGAGCGCCAAGCUAAUGGAGACGCUCAUGGAACGUAACCGGCCUAAAGGCUGGGAAGCAGCUAUAUCGCAUAGGAAUAGACUUCUAGAGUUCGAUCGCACCAGUGAGCGGCGUACGCGCGUAACAGACGACGACAGCGACUAUUUCAACGCAGGCAGCGUCUGGCUGAGUGCGAGCGAGAAGGAGAAACUCAACCGCUACCAGCAGUCCCUACAUGACAAGAAACACGCUAGCAGGCUGGCCAAGAAGAUGACUUUCGACUUUGCAGGCCGUGAAAUAGUGGAAGACCACACAAUAGAGCACGACGUGGACGAGGACAGGAUCCGCGAGAUCACAGGCGGCGGCGGGGGCGGUGGCGGGGGCGGGGGCGGCGGCGGUGUGCUGCGCGCAUGCGUACAAGUCGGGCUCCCCUCCGACAGGGAUGUCGCUCCGGGGGUCAACGCGCCGCUGCUGCAGUUCGACGAGUCCGUGCAAAGCCAAGCGUACGCCGCGGCCGUGAAGAGGCCCGGGUCCGAGUCCGGCCAGAGCCGCGUGCAGGACCCUGAGAUCCAGGAGAUGAGCGACGCGGGCCGCUGCCUCUCCAUGCACCAGCCCUGGGCCUCGCUGCUUGUCGAGGGGAUUAAGAUGCACGAGGGUCGAACCUGGUACACCAGCCAUAGGGGCCGCCUCUGGAUCGCAUCCACGGUGAAGCCGCCGGACCAGGACAUCAUCCGAGCCUUGGAGAACCAGUACCGCGUGCUUUAUCCAGAAAAGAACUUCAAGUUCCCGUCAUUCUAUCCAACGGGGUGCCUGCUCGGCUGCGUCAACGUGGACAACUGUCUCAAUCAGGAGGAGUACCAGAAAAAGUACCCGGGCGGCGAGAGCGACAGCCCGUACGUGUUGAUCUGCUCCAACCCCGUCAGCUUGCGGCUGCGGUUCCCCGUCAAGGGGCAGCACAAGAUCUAUGCCUUGGACAAGACCAUCCACUACGCCGCCGUUAAAAGCAUCCAGAAAAUGGCAAAACAAGCCGCAGAGGAAGCGAACGCCGGCUAACGUUAGUUUUUCAUCAUAAUACAUGUAGCUUUCGUAUUUAAAUAAACACAAUUUACUAUUGGAAUAA